AUGAAUAAGUCUGAGAUAUCUACAGUUACACAGUUUGUCUUGUUGGGUUUUCCUGGUCCCUGGAAAAUGCAGAUCAUGUUUUUUUCAACGAUUCUGUUGGUCUAUGUCUUGACUCUAACUGGGAAUAUGGCCAUCAUUUGUGCCGUGAGGAGGGACCACCGACUCCAUACCCCUAUGUACAUGUUCCUGGCUAACUUUUCCUUCCCAGAGAUCUGGUAUGUGACUUGCACAGUCCCCAAAAUGCUGGCCAAUUUUCUCUCCAAAACCAAGACCAUAUCCUUCUCCAGUUGCUUCACUCAAUUCUACUUCUUCUUUUCCCUGGGCACAACUGAAUGCUUCCUCCUCUGUGUCAUGGCUUAUGAUCGCUACCUGGCCAUCUGUCGCCCACUACACUAUCCCUCCAUCAUGACUGGGCAGCUCUGUGCCAUUCUAGUGUCUCUUUGUUGGCUCACCGGCUUCCUUGGAUACUCCAUUCCAAUUUUCUUCAUUUUUCAACUACCAUUUUGUGGUCCCAACAUCAUUGAUCACUUUUUGUGUGAUGUGAACCCACUGAUGGCAUUGUCCUGUGCCCCCUCACCCAUUAUAAAGCAUGUAUUCUAUUCUCUAAGCUCUAUUAUCAUCAUUCUCACCAUUUUGUACAUCCUUGGGUCCUAUACCCUGGUUCUCAGAUCUGUGCUUCAAGUUCCUUCUUCAGCUGGGCGACAAAAGGCUUUCUCUACCUGCGGAUCCCACUUGGUUGUGGUGUCUUUGUUCUAUGGAACCAUUAUGGUGAUGUAUGUGAGUCCUGCAUCUGGCAACUCUAAGAUUAUCACACUGAUAUACUGCAUAGUGACACCAUUCUUAAACCCCCUCAUCUAUAGCCUACGCAACAGGGACAUGAAAUCUGCCCUCCAUCAGGUCCUCUGUGGAAUGAGAAUUAUCCAAAGUUCAUGA